GGUGGUGGCGGUGGUGGUGGCGGCGGUGGUGGUGGUGGUGGUGGUGGCGGUGGUGGUGGUGGUGGUGGCGGUGGUGGUGGCGGUGGUGGUGGUGGCGGUGGUGGUGGUGGUGGUGGCGGUGGUGGUGGUGGUGGCGGUGGUGGUGGCGGCGGUGGUGGUGGUGGCGGUGGUGGCGGCGGUGGUGGUGGUGGCGGUGGUGGUGGUGGUGGCGGUGGUGGUGGUGGUGGUGGCGGUGGUGGUGGCGGCGGCGGCGGUGGUGGUGGCGGUGGUGGUGGUGGCAGUGGUGGUGGCGGUGGUGGUGGCGGCGGUGGUGGUGGCGGUGGUGGUGGUGGCGGUGGUGGUGGUGGUGGCGGUGGUGGUGGUGGUGGUGGCGGUGGUGGUGGCGGCGGUGGUGGCGGCGGUGGUGGU